AUGGCUGCUGAACAGGAGAGACGUGCUACCGACCGUCCUUCUCUAAUGCGACGCUUUUUGACCAGUCUACGUCUGUGCUGGCCGUUCGGUGGAGUUCGUCCUCAGAUGUCUUUUCAGGACGUCUGUGGUGGCAAGAUCGAACCGGAGGGCAACGUGGACGCAGAGAACCAGAUAGUUAUGGAGGGAUACUUGUUGAAGAGGGCCAGUAAUGUAUUUAAAACAUGGAACAGGCGCUGGUUCCUGAUUCAGGACAACCACCUUAUGUACAAGAAGAAAUCCAGGAAUAGCAUGGUGGACAUAGCCGAUUUACGCCAGUGCACGGCCAAACACUACAGGAGCAUCGGACGCCGUUGCUGCUUCCAGGUGGUUUCACCUACAAAGAUCUGGGUAUUGCAGGCUGAUUCAGAGGAGAAUAGAGAGGCUUGGAUCAGAACCAUUCAGAACAUGGUUGCUAACACCGAUGGUGACAGAACAGAUGACUCCAUCACUUCCCGAUCAGAUGAGGUGGUGGAUUUGAGCCCAGAACAGGAAGGAUCCAGUAGCUCCUCUAAAUCACGUGGAUCACAACACACACAGAGAGACUCGCUACGUCCACGAUCCGCUUCUGGAACUUCAGUCGAGAGCGUUGAAGCUACAGUUGGAGGGACCUCACACAUUGAAGAGAGCCCGGAGGAACUGAGCACCAGCACUUCCUCCAGCGACUCCAUCCACACAGCUGGUGAUGACAGCACGACUACAGGAAAGCACUCGGUCCAGAGAGGCAGCGCUCCUUCUGAAGAGUGCUUCAAUAGCCGGUACAGAGUGGGAAAGCUUCUGGGGAAAGGAGGCUGCGGUUCUGUGUUUGCAGGACUUCGUGAGGCCGAUGGAAAACAGGUUGCUAUUAAGGUUGUGCUGAAGAGUGGCUGUGACAGAUUCAUCACCAUUCUUGGCGAGAAGAACGCUCUCCCUGUAGAGGUGGCGUUGAUGCUGAUGGUGUCCGAGCCACCUCGCUGUAAAUACGUCCUGGAGCUCCUGGAAUGGUUCGACAUGCCCGAGUGCUACGUCUUGAUCCUGGAGCGACCCGCCCGCUGCAUGGACCUCUACGAAUACCGAAGGAACGGCUCACUUCCCGAAUGUCUGGCUCAGAUGAUCAUGUGGCAGGUGGUUCUCGCCGCCUGUCACUGCCGUAAUCGCGGGGUUCUCCAUCGGGAUAUCAAGGAGCAGAACCUUCUGGUCAGUUUCCACACCUUAGAGGUCAAGCUCAUAGACUUUGGCUGUGGGGACUUGCUGAAGUCGACCCCCUACAGACGUUUUGCAGGCACCAUGCUAUACGCCCCACCUGAAUGGAUCGAGGAAGGUAAGUAUCACGGUUGCGCUGCAACGGUGUGGAGCCUGGGUGUCCUUUUGUUUGUUCUAGUGUGUGGAGAGCUGCCAUUCUGGAACGAGAGGGAGAUCGCUGCUGGACACCUGAUCUUAAAAGCUGGUGUGUCUAAGGCCUGCCGUCUUCUGAUCAGACGCUGCCUGGCGAAGGAUCCGAAUAAGAGACCCAGCCUCGAGAUGAUCCUGGAGCACCACUGGUUUCCAGAGAUCCUUAGAAACUAAGUCCAGUUAUCUGAGAGGAUGAUCACCCGAAAAACACAACAGGAGUGAUCUGGAGAUCAGCAACAUUUUGUGGAUCAGCUUGAUGACACAGGUCUGCUACAAGAACACAUCCAGAGGUUUCUGGCUGAGGUUCAGAUCACCUCCAUUCCUCAGCACCGUGUACAUACCAUGCCAGAUCAGAAAGAAAGCCCCAUCAAUGAACAAGUCUAACCUACUGGAAGAAGCAACCAGAUCAGAUUUGGGCCCAAGCACCCUGAUACCCAGCAGAAGAUGAAACGUCCUUGAGUGACCACAACCAUCUACGGUUGGUGUCUGGGAAUGGAUCCUGCAGAUGUUUAACACAUGUGUAUUGUGCCUUGAUUGCAGUUGAUGAUCAUUUAACGGUCAGUAUAUUGAAUAAAACUGUUUGUACUGGCGUGUG